AUGUCAUCUGCCGAGACCAAGGCCCCGCCGGGUGCCUCUGGUCAGAAUGGCAACCCGCCAGCGGCUGUGCCUAAGACCCACGACCUCGGCGACAGGGAGUUCAUGAACGAUGUCAAGAAGAUGAGCGACCACUACAACCUCAACCCCGAGGACGGCGAGGUCUUCAACGCCCGCACCAUUGACCACGAGCCAACAUUAGACCCGAACCAGGUCAGCUCCGCCAUCCCGGGCACCGGCUUCAAGAGCCAGCUCGGCCACGAUGGCGACGGCUGUGAGAUCGCCGACGAGGCCCAACCAAGCAAGUACCUUCCUCACAUCACUGGUCCCCGCCAAGCUGCCAUGCCUUCCGGUGUUCGAGGCGGUGACACGCAGGAGGCGCCGAUGUACCAGGAGGGUGCUGCAGGCCGUGGACCGGGUAUGCAUGAGCAGGACGUGUCUGAGGUUCCCGUCGACGGACAGGGCCCCAACGACCAUCGCUUCCUGGCAGACGGUACACCUCGACUGAAUCCCGACGGUACACCACGGCCCGUUGCUUUCAAUCAGCCGUACCAGAAGGACGAGCUCGGGAGGACGACGAAAAAGAUGCCGGGAGUCAAGGAGGAGGAGCCCCCUGGCCCGCGUACCGACAUUUCCUUAGCCCCUAGAAUCGUGCAUCUUCAGUUCCAUCGCGAGGAAGACCCGGACGUCCCCGCCUCGACGGCGACCGCUUACGGUGCUCCCCUCCAAGUAACUCGCAGCGGCGAGGGCGAGGAGCCUGCGUACAAGGACGGUGCCCACAUGCAAGGCGGAAAGUAUCUUCAGUCCAGCCACAGCAAGCUUCAGGAAAGCCCCGAAAACAUGCAGCCGAGUGGAGGCGCAGGUGGAGGUGUUGCCGCCGGCGCCAGCGGAACGGGCGGUCUGAGGGAGAUCCAGACAACUACGAUUCACGCCAACAUCGAACAGCCAAAUGGCCAGAUGAUCCACCGCGACUACGAGAAGACCGAGGUCCUCGAGCCCCAGCAGCAGCGCACCGGAGCCGGUGCAACUGGCGGCGACCCUCACCAUCCUGGCGGACAGCAGCAUGGCGCUCACCACAAGCACGAGUCGUACGAGGACGAGCUUCUCGACCAUGGUCUCGGUCGUGUGCCGCCUCCCGAGGACCAGUGGGAAGAUGCGCCUGACCAGCAAUGGGCCAGCGCGUACACCUCACCCAUCUCGCCCCUGACGCCUCGCCGAGGGUCCAUGUCGAACGCAGCCCGUGCCCGGAUCCAAAACUCGAGCGGCGACGAGCUCGGUGCGUCGGCUGCUGGCUCGCGUGGAGGUCAGAUGCGCAACGCACUGCGGUUCGGAAGGAAGAAGCGCCAGCAGACUACGGAGCAGACUCAGAUGCGCCCCCCGAAUGUCACCAAUGAGCUUCUCACGAACACGCUUCCCGUUAUGAUCAUGAAGACCUGGAUCGACCGCGACGAGGAUGGACACCGUGCAGUGCCUGUUCUGCUGGGUAAUCUCCGCUUCCGCAUCGGCGACAGCGUGCGUGUCGGCAACAAGCGCCAGAACAAGCAGCUGCAGAUCGCCAGUGCCGAUCGACCAUUGACCGACAAAGAGAAGGAACGCGGCGGCCGCGAGUGGUUCAAGAUUGAGUGCGAGUACGGCGAGGGCGUUAUCAAGUGGGUCAUCUACCGCGAGCUGCGUGACUUUGUCUCGCUGCACACCCACUACAAGGCCGCCAACAUUGGUACCGGUAUCAGCGGUCUGCGCUCUUCUCGCCGUGUCGAGAUGCCCGAGUUCCCCAAGCAGGUGCUCCCUUACUGGGCUCGCGACUCGGCGCACCUGUACGACAAGGCCGAGUCCAAAGUCGACCGCUCCGGCAAGGGCAAGGGCCCCGCUCGCGACUCCAACCCCCAGGCGAGCCCUCGUGAUCUGUUGCAGCAGUACCUCGUCGACCUCAUCCGUGCGGUUAUGUUCCGUCCGGAAUCUAACAGGCUCUGUGUCUUCUUUGAGCUGUCUGCCCUCACCGUUGCUCUCGCUCCUCGCGGAGGAUUCCAGGGCAAGGCCGGUUUCAUCAAGAUCCCCACGAUCCACGUUUCGCGCAAGAACAACCAGCCCGGCCUCGUGCCCUCCAAGUGGAAGAACCACAGGAAGCCCAAGUGGUUCAUCGUUCGCGAGUCGUACUUUGUGGCGACGGACGGCCCGUCCGAGACGGACGUCUACGAUGUCUUCAUCAUUGACAACGACUUUGCCAUCGAGCGCCCGAAGAGAGCGUACCGUAAGGGAUUGAAAGCACUUCGGCGCCAUAAGAACAGCGACGCGGACGACAUCCCCACUGAGAUGCGUGAGGACGAUGAGAAGGACGCCUCGCAGCACACCUUCUACAUCUCCAACGCCCAGAGGCGUCUCAAGCUGGUCGCGAAGAAUGCUUUCAUCGUGUCCAUGGAGCGCGUUGCUAUGCAGACCCUUUGGGCCGGCCGCAACCGCUUCGACUCGUUCGCCCCAAUCCGUGUCAACGUUGCCGCUCAGUGGCUCGUCGAUGGCCGUGACUACUUCUGGAACCUCAGUCGCGCCAUCAACAUGGCCAAGAACCGCAUCUAUAUCCACGACUGGUGGAUCAGCCCUGAGAUCUACCUUCGUCGCCCCGGUGACGAGCGGUACCGUCUCGACAACCUGCUCAAGCGCAAGGCCGAGGAGGGUGUCCGCAUCUUCGUCAUCAUCUACAACGAGGUCAUGGACGCUGCUACGCCCGUCAACUCGCCGUACACGAAGAAGACGCUGACCGGCUUGCACCCCAACGUCAUGGUCCAGCGCAGUCCUUCGCACCUGCCCAACGGUACUUUCUACUGGUCGCACCACGAGAAGCUCUGUGUCAUCGACGAGACGAUCGCGUUCAUGGGAGGUCUUGACCUGUGUUUCGGUCGCUGGGACACGCCCCAGCACUGUCUCACUGACGAGGACUUCACCGAGCCCUCUGGCCCCAACGGUCCCGUCUGGCGCGGCAAGGACUACUUCAACGAGCGUAUCGACGAGUACUCUGACCUGGACAAGCCGUUUGAGGACCGCUUCGACCGCUCCCGCCAGCCGCGUAUGCCCUGGCACGACACCGCUCUGCAGAUCCUUGGUCAACCGGCGCGAGACCUGUGUCGUCACUUCUGCCAGCGCUGGAACUACCUCCUGCGCACGAAGAACCACACGCGCAAGAUGCCGUUCCUGCUCCCUCCUGCCGACUUUACCGAGCGCGAGCUUGUCGACUUGCACCUCAACGGUACCUGCGAGGUGCAGAUCUGCCGCAGCUGUGGCCCGUGGAGCAUGGGCACCAACUCGAAGAUUGAGCACUCGAUCACGAACGCUUAUGUCAAGAGCAUCCAGCUCAGUGAGCACUUUGUGUACAUCGAGAACCAGUUCUUCAUCACGUCGACUGUUGUGGACAACACACGUGUCAAGAACCACAUCGGUGAUGCCCUCGUCGAGCGUAUCAUUAAGGCGCACAAGAACGGCGAGGACUGGAGGGCGUGCAUCGUCAUCCCGCUGCUGCCCGGAUACUCGUACCCCGUCGACAAGCCCGAAGCGUCCUCGGUCCGUCUCAUUCUCGAGUGCCAGAACCGCACGAUCUGCCGUGGCGCCAACUCGAUCUUCACCCGCCUCAGGAAGGAGGGCAUUAACCCGGACGAUUACAUCCAGUUCUUCUCGCUCCGCACGUGGGCCAAGUUCAAGUCUGGCGCGCUCACUUCGGAGAUGGUCUACAUUCACGGCAAGACCAUGAUUGUCGACGACCGUAUCGUGCUCUGCGGAAGUGCCAACAUCAACGAGCGCAGUCAGCUCGGUGACCGUGACUCUGAGCUGCUCGCUGUUGUCCGUGACACGGACAUGAUUGACGGCACGAUGGCCGGCAAGCCCUUCAAGGUCGGCCGCUACGCGCACACCCUGCGCAUGCGCCUCAUGCGCGAGCACGUCGGUGUCGACGUCGACGCGAUCGAGGAGGACGAGCUCAUGCUGCGCAAGCCGCUCGCUGAGCCGCAGGACGUUGCGCUCUGGGACCCGGACAACGAGCAGGAGAACCACGGCGGCGAGUCGGGCGUCUCGCGCCUGCACGCCAAGAGCAACGCCCUCCAGCGUCUCAACCUUACCGUCAGCACUGCUGUUAGGGACAUUGCCUACGGUGUUGGAACAAACUUGAAGCUCGACGCCGAGCGUACUGCGCUGAAGGUCAUGCACCCCAUCAAGACGCUUGAGGGCGAGGCGCCGCAGCUGAUGCCCUUCGACGAGGACCCGGCCGACCGUACCGACGUUGGCAAGGACGGCCAGCCCGUCGAGGGCUUUGCGUCCAGUGUCGUUCCGACGCUAGAGGAGGUCACGAUCAUGCGACAGGCUGCGAACAAGGUCAAGAACGAAAUGCAGGGCAACGCCGAUCCCGGCCCGAACGGUGCCGGCCGAAACCUGAACGUCAUCGUCGACGCCAACGGCAACCCCAUCCCGGAGCCUCAGGGCCAGUCGGGCCACGGCUGGGCCGACGGCUACGGUCCGGGUGCCGGUCCCGGCGCUGUCGCCGGUACCGGCGGUCCUGCUGCUCAGGCAGCGCAAGAGGAAGCGCAGAAGCACCAGCACCACAGCCAGCACCUCCAUCCUCAUCACUCGAACCGCGAGCCGACCCGUCAGGACCCGGCGGGUCUUGGCCAGAAGGAGUCGACGAAGGAGCUGCACCCGACUGCGUCGAACGUGUCCGUGACGUCGCACGCGGACAGCUACGGACGUCCCGCGGGCGGCUCCAUCAGCCAGGCGGGCGACGACACGACCGCCGUCGACCCGUCCAAGGCGCGCAACGUGCUCCGCAAGCACCUGCACUACAAGACGCCCGCUCAGCCCGAGACGCUGCCGGUCGAGACGCCUAUGAUCGACCCGAACCGCUUCCACGACCCCCUCGACCCCAAGUUCUGGGACGACAUGUGGCAGGCGACCGCCGUGUCAAACACGGAGAUCUUCCGCAAGGUCUUCCGCUGCAUUCCGGACGACAUGGUGACGACAUGGGACCAGUACAAGAGCUUUGCAAACCACGCGGGCAAGUUCCUCAAGAAGCGCGGGGGCGGGGACAAGGGCGACGUCAAGCAGACGCACGAUGCGGACGGGUCCGGCGGCGGUGUGGUCGGACCUGCUGGCCACGACCCUGGCAAACCCGUUACGGGCGACACGGCCGAGCAGGAGCGCACGGGCAAGUCGGCAGUGCAGGGUGCCGGCGGCAGCGGCAAGCCCGAUGAGCGUGCCGGCCCGAAUGCCGUCGAGACGCUCGUUGGCGAGGAGGAGCCGCACAAGCCAUCGGGCGAGGAUGAGCCAUGGCACCAGUGGGAGCUCGAUGAGAUGGAGCGCUUGCUCCAGAAGGUCAAGGGUCAUCUGGUCGUGUACCCGACCCGCUUCCUCGAGGCCGAGGACAUGGCCAACAACUUCCUCUUCAACCAGGAGCGUAUCCUGCCCCUGCUCAUUUACGAUUAG